AUGCUCCAGCAGAUUUUGACGGACAUGUUCAUAUCCCCUGAGCUCCUGGCUGAGCUGAACGAGGAGCAGAAGCAGGUGUUGUUCAUUAAGAUGCGUGAGGAACAGAUCCGACGCUGGAAGGAUAGCGAGGCUCGACUGGAGAAGGAGGACGCCACUCUGAAGAAACCCAAGAAAGGUAUCACUGAGCCGUCAACACUGACAAUGUAUGGUUGGGUGCAUCCCUAAUGGGCACCCUAUUCAUUUUAUAGUAUAGCACUACUCUAUAUAGUGCACUAUGGGGGAAUAGGGUGCCAUUUUGGAUAUUUUCCAUGCCUCUCUCUGUGAAAAGCAUAUUUACUGUUGGGCUCCUGGGAUGUUUCUGUUUCGCUAUAUCCUAGCGGAGUUAUUCUCAACUCCACGAUGUUUGUCACAUCAAGGUUGUGGAGACAAGUGUGUGUGUGGUCUGGAUCUCCGACUACAUCGAGCCGCUGUCAGUCGAUACUUCUGAAAAUGUAAAUUCUUAAACCCUUACCGUGUACCUAUGUUUGUCUUCUGUAGCUGUGUGCCUUUCUUUGUUUGCUGAAAUCCAUACUUUUUUUAAUAAAACGUUAAUCAAAUACAACCACCGACUGUUUCCUCGUAUCGACUGACAGCGACUUGAUGUAGUCAGAGGUACACAGUCGUUGCAACCCAAGUCCACCGAGAUGUACUGUACAUAUCGUGGAGUUGAGAAACCCACCUAGUUAUAUGCCAACCUGGAGACUAAAGGACAUAUAGGAAUCUCCACUGAAACGUUGCGUUCAGAUGUAGUGAUGGAGAGUAUAAUUCACUCCUGUUAAAGUAGUCCCAACUGCAGCAGUGUUGCACUGUGGAAAAUGAAUUGAGUAAUAUUAUGCUAGGAUGAAUUGAGUACAGUAUUUCUCUAACUGGCUGUGCUGUGUGUUUAUACAGUGGGGGGAAAAAGUAUUUAGUCAGCCACCAAUUGUGCAAGUUCUCCCACUUAAAAAGAUGAGAGGCCUGUAAUUUUCAUCAUAGGUACACGUCAACUAUGACAGACAAAUUUGAGAUUUUUUUUCUCCAGAAAAUCACAUUGUAGGAUUUUUUAUGAAUUUAUUUGCAAAUUAUGGUGGAAAAUAAGUAUUUGGUCACCUACAAACAAGCAAGAUUUCUGGCUCUCACAGACCUGUAACUUCUUCUUUAAGAGGCUCCUCUGUCCUCCACUCGUUGCCUGUAUGAAUGGCACCUGUUUGAACUUGUUAUCAGUAUAAAAAAAAAACUCAACUCGUCGUGUUUGGAGGACAAAGAAUGCUGAGUUGCAUCCAAAGAACACCAUACCUACUGUGAAGCAUGGGGGUGGAAACAUCAUGCUUUGGGGCUGUUUUUCUGUAAAGGGACCAGGACGACUGAUCCGUGUAAAGGAAAGAAUGAAUGGGGCCAUGUAUCGUGAGAUUUUGAGUGAAAACCUCCUUCCAUCAGCAAGGGCAUUGAAGAUGAAACGUGGCUGGGUCUUUCAGCAUGACAAUGAUCCCAAACACACCGCCCGGGCAACGAAGGAGUGGCUUCGUAAGAAGCAUUUCAAGGUCCUGGAGUGGCCUAGCCAGUCUCCAGAUCUCAACCCCACAGAAAAUCUUUGGAGGGAGUUGAAAGUCCAUGUUGCCCAGCGACAUCCCCAAAACAUCACUGCUCUAGAGGAGAUCUGCAUGGAGGAAUGGGCCAAAAUACCAGCAACAGUGUGUGAAAACCUUGUGAAGACUUACAGAAAACGUUUGACCUGUGUCAUUGCCAACAAAGGGUAUAUAACAAAGUAUUGAGAAACUUUUGUUAUUGACCAAAUACUUAUUUUCCACCAUAAUUUGCAAAUAAAUUCAUAAAAAAUCCUACAAUGUGAUUUUCUGGAUUUUUUUUCCCUCAUUUUGUCUUCAUAGUUGACGUGUACCUAUGAUGAAAAUUACAGGCCUCUCUCAUCUUUUUAAGUGGGAGAACUUGCACAAUUGGUGGCUGACUAAAUACUUUUUUCCCCACUGUACUUGUGUCUGUGGCGCACGUCCGUCCGUCUGUCUGUCUGUUUGUGUCUGUGUGUGCGUGCGUUUUGUCCAUCAGCCAAUGUGAAGAGUGUACAGUGGCUGACGGGGAUGGAUAGUGACGUGUGGGUGUGGGUGAUGGGGGACCACCCUGCCGACAAGUCCUACGAGCAGAUCUGUGAUGACAUCAUAGCCCAGAGGGCGACCCUCCAGGCCCAGAGAGAGGCAGAGGAGCUCAGGUGGGAGGAAAUUACAUCGUCACAUGCCGUACAUUUUUUAUUUUAAUUUUUUUAGCAGUGCCCCGUGUUUGUGCUAUAACCUUCUCCUUUGUUGCUGUCGUGCCAAAGCCCUUUGUCAUUGUCAAACAUGUUUGGCACGAAAAAUGUUAAAGGUGUUGGUUAAAGCGGCUUUUGUGGAGCGACGGGUAACGGUGCUUCGAGGGUGACUGUUGUCGAUGAGUGCAGAGGGUCCCUGGUUCAAGCCCAGUUAGGGGCGAGGAGAGGGACGGAAGCAACACUGUUACAUAGGGAAGGGGCGCAGGUGUGUGCAGUAGCCGGCCGCGACCAGGAGACCCAUGGGGCGGCGCACAAUUGGCCCAGCGUCGUCCAGGGUAGGGGAGGGAAUGGCCGGCAGGGAUGUAGCUCAGUUGGUAGAGCAUGGCGUUUGCAACGCCAGGGUUGUGGGUUCGAUUCCCAUGGGGGGGCCAGUAUGAUUUUUUUAUUUUUUAUAUAUAUAUAUAUACUCACUAACUAAGUCGCUCUGGAUAAGAGCGUCUGCUAAAAUGACUAAAAUGUAAAUGUAAAGCAGACCUGACUAUCACCUGACUAUCAGGUCAUUAGCCAGAUAUUGGACUCAACACUCUAAAUUGGGGUCAGCUUCAUUUCAAUUCAGUUGACAUUUACCUCAUAGGCAAUUUUAAUUGUUGUCAAUUUUAAUUGUUGUCAUAGCCAUCAAUUAAACCGCUUUCUGACAGGAAGAUGUCAGGUGGUUAAGCUUGUUGUCUUGAACAGUGGCAUAUAAACAUGCUUAAUUUACUACAUGCCAACCAGACCCUGUAAUGGGAUGCAGUGGUUGAUAGAAGUGCGUGUCUAUGGUCUAUUUUUGCCUUAUCACACCAGCCAUUACAAAAUAACCUGUAAGGUAGGUUCUGCACAGAUUCUCUGGCUGCCAGUAAUACCCACAGGGCUAUAGUUGGGUUUAAUGUAGACGUCGCCCUUCCCAGCCAGGAAGUCCUAGUUAAACAUUUCUUCAACUAACCUCACAUUUUAUUGAGUCGGGCACUCCCUGUGUGAGCUGUACUUGACCACGAUAGUGUUGCCUAUGACCUUGUUCCCACAACUACAGGUAGUCAUUCAAUGCUGUGGGGGAGUUUUGACUUCUUAGUCAUGUUUCCCUGUAAAAGUGGUGAUAAUGAUAACAGGCUGCUGUAACGGUUUGGUUGAGCCAAAGUUAUCUAUAACCCCAAAUUAACCCGCAAUUAGAAGACAUGAGAUAGCUGGAAACAAUGUGUCAUCUCCACCAUUGGUUAGUUAAAGAUGCCGUAAGCAGGUGAAUCAGUGGAGGCUGGUGUCACUUUAAGUCAGAGGAUGGGCUCAUCGUAAUGGAUGGAAUGAAUGCAACGGUAUGUGUUUAAAACCUUUCCAUUUGGUCGAUUCCAGCCAUUACAAAAUGCCCGUCUUCCACUGGAGAAGGUGCAUGAAGAUGACGGCCACCAUGUACUCACCACAACUGCCUUUUAUUGCUAAGUUCGCCGUAUUGUACAUUGCUCUCCGUUACUCUUUUUUUGUAUUAUUGAUAGCACAGUAUGCAUGAUCCAAAUGCUAGCUCCAAGAUGGUGGCCAUUUUGAGAAAAAAAAAAAAAGAAGUAGAUUGUGCUGAUUUACUGUCACAUUGAACCAUCGCCGUACUUUAAGAACUCUGUGGAUAGUGCUAAAAACAUUGACGUCAUUUCUGAAUUCCUUUAUCUUUAUGCACCUUCGCCAUUUCUCAUUCCACCAUCUGUAUGUGUGGACGUUGUUGUUGAACGUUCUACUAAAUUCACUUCAUUCUGACGUUUCAAAUUCUUCUAUUCAGCUGGUCAGACCGAAGCCUUACUAAACCGCCCAUACAGGUUAGAUCAUUGAAUUCCAUUUGAGAACAUGCUGUCUCACACCCCACUGUUCUGUACUUGUGGAUGCUUGAGUUAUCUUAACUGAGUGGUUUCUACAUUUAAACCUAAAGUAACUACUUUGUUCCAGACAGUCCAUCACAGAAGCAUGUAUUAUUGCAUACUCGAAUAUCCACAUUCUCCAUUUUAAUGAAUGUGUUGAUAAUUCUGGGCCAAAUCCUAACUGGAGAUCUGUGAAAUCCCUGUAAAAAGUUACAGGCAAGCAGCAUUUAAGUUAUGACUUGGUCCUCUGUGCCUGCCUGUUGGCUGAGAAGGCUACACGACUCCUAACUUGCCUCAUCUUGUUCUCUGUUGACAUCCUGAUCUGGACUGAGCUUAUGUGUCUUAACAUUCCACUCCUCAGUCCUUCUAUUGUUGAUUCCAAUGUGUGUCCUCAGCAUGUUGGCAUUUAUUCAUCAUGAAUCUUGUUCUGGAGGCAGCCCUGCAGUGGUCACUAGCUGGCACAGCCACAAAGUCAUAAAAUCUGAUUUUAAACCUAACCUUAACAACCCUAAUGCGAACCCUAAUCUUAAAUAAAGAUCAAAACCACAUUUUUGUUUUCAUAAAUUUUUACAAUGUAGCCAAUUUGACUUUACAGCUGGCCCAUCUAGCGGAAAUCGCUCAGUUCUGCCUCCAGGACAAGCCUCAUCCCAAUAAACGUCAACCUGCGUGGUGUUAGGGGGCGUGUCCUCAUGAGUUGUAGGUGAAUUCAUGAAAAAUAAAAAGGAAAGCGCUGCUGCUCAUGCUCCCAGGCUCCAUGGACGCCUGAUGAAGACCUAAGGGUCGAAACGUUGUUAUAACAAAAUCACCCGGGAGCAUGUGCAGCGUUUCCUGUUAAUCUUCCUCGUAGUAGCCAUGUGCCUGUAUGGAUAGGAAAAGUCUGCAGGUCCUUUUUCUAUCCAUGUCUCAGGGUAGGGGAUUGUGGGUAUGGGAUUGUGGACUGUCAUAGGAGGGGUCAUGGUAGGGGAUUGUGGACUGUCAUAGGAGGGGCCAUGGUAGGGGAUUGUGGACUGUCAUGGGAGGGGCCAUGGUAGGGGAUUGUGGACUGUCAUGGGAGGGGCCAUGGUAGGGGAUUGUGGACUGUCAUGGGAGGGGCCAUGGUAGGGGAUUGUGGACUGUCAUUGGAGGAGCCAUGGUAGGGGAUUGUGGACUGUCAUGGUAGGGGAUUGUGGACUGUCAUUGGAGGGGCCAUGGUAGGGGAUUGUGGACUGUCAUUGGAGGGGCCAUGGUAGGGGAUUGUGGACUGUCAUUGGAGGGGCAAGGUAUUUAGAUUUCAGGAAAAGCUUUACAAAUCAGUGGACAGGUAAAGAUAUACAAGUGAUCGUGUGUGUUUUCACUCAGUCCCUCCCUCUAAAGCCAACACCACUGUGUGUGUUUUCACUCAGUCCCUCCCUCUAAAGCCAACACCACUGUGUGUGUUUUCACUCAGUCCCUCCCUCUAAAGCCAACACCACUGUGUGUUUUCACUCAGUCCCUCCCUCUAAAGCCAACACCACUGUGUGUGUUUUCACUCAGUCCCUCCCUCUAAAGCCAACACCACUGUGUGUUUUCACUCAGUCCCUCCCUCUAAAGCCAACACCACUGUGUGUUUUCACUCAGUCCCUCCCUCUAAAGCCAACACCACUGUGUGUUUUCACUCAGUCCCUCCCUCUAAAGCCAACACCACUGUGUGUUUUCACUCAGUCCCUCCCUCUAAAGCCAACACCACUGUGUGUGUUUUCACUCAGUCCCUCCCUCUAAAGCCAACACCACUGUGUGUGUGCGGGUGCGUGCGCAGGGCGAAAAAGGAAGCGGAGCUGGUCAAGAGGUUCUCCAGUGUGUUGAUGGACUCAGAGCUGCAGUCAUGGAGACAGGAGGUGGAGCGACAGGAGGUGGAGCGACAGGAGGUGGAGCGACAGGAGGUGGAGCGACAGGAGCAGGCCAGACGGGCUGCAGCUCAGCAGCAGAACCAACAGGAGGUGGAGCUUAAGGUACCCUAACCCAUCAUCAAGGUACCCUAACCCAUCAUCAAGGUACCCUACCCAUCCCUAAGGUACCCUACCCAUACCUAAGGUACCCUACCCAUCACAUUCACAUUCACAUGCCACAGUCUAUUUAGAGUUACAUGUAAUCCUGACAUCCAGCCAUAGACUUAGCUAGAUAGACAUCGCAUCAUUGUAUCUGUCCCAUUAUGGCGUCUGUGAGAAUAUGGGCAGCGCCAUUGAGGCCAUCUCCAUUUUUGAAGUAGUCCAUUUUGUAUGCACUCAAAACUGUAAGUCGCUCUGGAUAAGAGCAUCUGCUAAAUGACUAAAAUGUAAAUGUAAAAUAUAGCCCCUGGUUCUCCUCAGACUUGACUGCCCUUGACCAGCACAAAAACAUCCUGUGGCAUACUGCAUUAGCAUCGAACAGCCCCCGCGAUAUGCAACUUUUCAGGGAAGUCAGGAACCAAUAUACACAAUCAGUUAGGAAAGCAAAGGCUAGCUUUUUCAAACAGAAAUGUGCAUCCUGUAGCACUAACUCCAAAAAGUUUUGGGACACUGUAAAGUCCAUGGAGCAUAAGAGCACCUCCUCCCCACUGCACUGAGGCUAGGAAACACUGUCACCCCCGAUAAAUCUACAAUAAUCGAGAAUUUCAACAAGCAUUUGGCUACGGCUGGCCAUGCUUUCCACCUGGCUACCACUACCCCGGCCAACAGCUCUGCACCCUCCGCUGCAACUUGCCCAUGCCCCCCCCCCCGCUUCUCCUUUACACAAAUUCAGACAGCUGAUGUUCUGAAAGAGCUGCAAAAUCUGGACCCCUAAAAAACAGCUGGGCUAGACAAUCUGGACCCUUUCUUUCUAAAAUUAGCCGCCUGACCAUGGUGCUUGCCUUUGGAGCAGUGAGGGGAACGGCACCCCUGUACCUUCAGGCUCUGAUCAGUCCCUACACCCAAACGAGGACAUGCGUUCAUCCACCUCUGGCCUGCUGGCUCCACUUCCUCAUGCGGAAGCACCAGCUCCACCUCAGCCCAGUCAAAACUGUGCGCUGCGCUGGCACCCCAUGGGGGAACAAGAAAACCCCCCCUCCCCCCCCCCCAAAAAAAAAAAAAAAAAAAAAAAAAAAAAAAAAAAAAUUUUCCCCCCAAAAAAACCCCAAAAAAAGGCCCCUUUUAAAAAAAAAAAAAAACCCAAAAAAAAAAAAACCCCCCUUAAAAAAAAAAAAAAAACCCCAAUUUUUUUUAAAGGGGGGGGAAAACAACACCCUUACUUAGCCUAAUCCCUAAACCUAAACAGCCAUUGGCAAAAACCCGGCCCCUGUCCCCCGGGAAGCACACCCCCCACCCAUCAAAACUUCCUGCUUCACCCAAUGGAACAACUCCCCUCACACAAACACGAGCACUCACACCUCCAACUUUUGAAACAACCCCCAAACCCAAGGAAUACCUGGAAAAAAAAAUAAAAACCCCCUAAAGAAUUCCUAACCCCCCCCCCCCCCCCCCCCCCCAAAAGGGCCCACUGCCUAAGGGACCCCUUUUGGAAUUGUCGCUCGGCUAAGAUCGUCUGCAAAAUGACGUUAAUGUGCCCUUGAGCAAGGCACUUAACCCUAAUUGCUCCUGUAAGUCGCUCUGGUUAAGAGCGUCUGCUAAAUGACUAAAAUGUAAAUGUAAAUGUAAAAUUGUCGCAACCCCUAUUACUAGCCUGUUCAACCUCUCUUUCGUAACGUCUGAGAUCCCCAGAGAUUGGAAAGCUGCCGCGGUCAUCCCCCUCUUCAAAGGGGGUGACACUCUAGAUACAGACCUAUAUCCAUCCUGCCCUGCCUUUCGAAUGUAUUUGAAAGCCAAGUUAACAAACAGAUCACCGACCAUUUCGAAUCCCACCGUACCUUCUCCGCUAUGCAAUCUGGUUUCCGAGCUGGUCAUGGGUGCACCUCAGCCACGCUCAAGGUCCUAAACAAUAUUAUAACCGCGAUCGAUAAAAGACAGUACUGCGCAGCCGUCUUCAUCGACCUGGCCAAGGCUUUCGACUCUGUCAACCACCGCAUUCUUAUUGGCAGACUAAAUAGCCUUGGUUUCUCAAAUGACUGCCUCGCCUGGUUCACCAACUACUUCUCAGAUACAGUUCAAUGUGUCAAAUCGGAGGGCCUGUUGUCUGGACCUCUGGCAGUCUCUAUGGGGGUGCCACAGGGUUCAAUUCUCUGGCCGACUCUAUUCUCUGUGGUGCUGCUGGUGACGCUCGGAUCCACCUCUAUGCGGACAACACCAUUUUGUAUACAUCUGGCCCUUCAUUGGACACUGUGUUAACAAACCUCAAAACGAGCUUCAACGCCAUACAACACUCCUUCUGUAGCCUCCAACUGCUCUUAAACACUAGUAAAACUAAAUGCGUGCUCUUCAACCGAACGCUGCUGGCACCUGCCCACCCGACUAGAAUCACUACUCUUCACUAGAGUAUGUGGACAACUACAAAUACCUAGGUGUCUGGUUAGACUGUAAACUCUCCUUCCAGACUCACAUUAAGAAUCUCCAAUCCAAAGUUAAAUCUAGAAUCGGCUUCCUAUUUCGCAAACAAAGCCUCCUUCACUCAUGCUGCCAAACAUGCCCUCGUAAAACUGACUAUCCUACCGAUCCUUGACUUUGGCGAUGUCAUUUACAAAAUAGCCUCCAACACUACUCAGCAAAUUGGAUGUAGUCUAUCACAGUGCCAUCUGUUUUGUCUCCAAAGCCCCAUACACUACCCACCACUGUGACCUGUACGCUCUUGUUGGCUGGCCCUCACUACAUGUUCGUCGCCAAACCCACUGGCUCCAGGUCAUCUAUAAAUCACUACUAGGCAAAUCCCCGUCUUAUCUUAGCUCACUGGUCACCAUAGCAACACCCACCCGUAGUCUGCACUCCAGCAGGUAUAUCUCACUGGUCAUCCCCAAAGCCAACACCUCCUUUGGCUGCCAUUCCUUCCAGUUCUCUGCUACCAAUGACUGGAACGAACUGCAAAAAUCUCUGAAGCUGGAGACUCUUAUCUCCCUCACUAACUUUAGGCGUCAAUUGUCAGAGCAGCUUACCGAUCACUGCACCUGUACACAUCCCAUCUGUAAUUAGCCCAUCCAACUACCUCAUCCCCAUAUUGUUAUUUAUUUUAUCUAUCAUUCCAGUGUUAAUACGAAAUUGUAACUAUUUUGCACUAUGGCCUAUUUAUUGCCUUACCUCCAUAAUUUACUACAUUCGCACACACUGUAUAUAUAUUUUCUGUUGUAUUUUUGACUUUGUUUUGUUUACCCCAUAUGUAACUCUGUUGUUUUUAUCGCACUGCUUUGCUUUAUCUUGGCCAGGUCGCAGUUGUAAAUGAGAACUUGUUCUCAACUGGCUUACCUGGUUAAAUAAAGGUGAAAAAAAAAUAUGGCACGAGUCCACCAAUUGUAACCAUUUGCGUCACAUGGUGCUGCCCAUUCUAUAACAGGCUUUUGAGGACGCUAGUACCCAAUCUAUGGUUCCAGCCCAGUUCAUCAAGUCUGAUUUGUUGAAUUACUUGUUUUUGUGCUUGGCUGGAUCAAAAGGGGCGGCAGGUAGCUUAGUGGUUAAGAGCAUUGUGCCAGUAACUGAAAGGUCGCUGGUUCUAAUCCCCGAGCCGACUAGGUGAAAAAUCUGUCAGAUGUGCCCUUGAGCAAGGCACUUAACCCUAAUUGCUUAUGUAAGUCGCUCUGGAUAAGAGCGUCUGCUAAAUGACCAAAACCAACAGUACACCCAGUACUCUAGCUCUCCUGGGCUGCUUACCUUGAAUCUUAUACAAUUUAACAAUUAUUCUAAGGUUUCUACAGUCAUGGCAUCAACUGUUUUGAUCAUAAUUACAGUUUGACAGGUUAUAUGGUUAAGUAUUAGCCCAUUUAUUAAAAUGCAGUCAUUGUAUAAUAUUGUCACAGUAUAAUGAGUGUUUAAGUUAUGUAAACAGGGAAGUUGAUGAUGCAUUGAUAUGAAACAAUUAGCCUCAUAGGUGUUGGAAGCCCAUUUUUCAACUUACAGGAACUACUCAAUGUUUCAUCAAUGGUAUUGUUUGCCCACAUCCUCAUGGCCAUAACACGUUAGCUAAACAACCCCUAUAAUCUCUUUCCAGUUAUCGUUCAUUUAACCAACUUCUAGAAUAAAGUCCUUCCUAAACAGUCAGUUUUUUUUACCAUAUGGGCCAGCUCAAAACAAUUAUUUAAAUACAUUUGUUUGAGCUCAUAGCAUCACUGUCUUUAUACAGUGUUUGAAAUUGACUUGAUUUAUUGCAGGUAAAACUCUGAGGGGAAAAUAUAACACACAGAAGCUUAGUAAAAUGAGGAGGUACGAUCUGUACUUGUCCAAUAGGAAACGCUUGUUUGGGAUUUUCUGUUGCAAAAUGUUAUUUACUUUUUGCCAGGUGUGCUCUAAUGAACAUGACCCUGGUUCAAUUCCAAAACCCUGUUCCAGUGGGUUCCUCCUCAUUUCCACCAACGUCUUUCUAUUUGUUUAGCUGCUACUGUUCCAUGGUGACAUUUCUCUCCUUCCCACCUGUUUCUUUCAGAAAAGAGAGGCGGAGGAGAGGAGGAGGGCUGAGGAGGAGGUGCGAAGGGUGGAGCAGAAGAGAAAGCAGGAGAUCUACAUGGACCUGAGGGAGGUCAGAGAGGAGAGAGACGACCAACACUGGCAAGAUUCAUGUAAGCACACACACACGCUGGAGAAACUCUGAAGCAUACGAAUUCUAAGUCGUCAGUUUUGCAGUCAAGCUUCACAUCUCAGAAGAAUCUCGAUUUAAUAUGGGGCAGAACAGACAGGUUUGGGUUAGAUUGUUGACAACAUGUAAACUAUUUUUAGUCUCCAAUAUGUUUAUUGAAAACAUAAAUACAUUUGCACAAUGAGCACUUGUCUCUCAGUUACAUCGUUACAGUUGUUGGUUAGCUAGCUAGCGAAUUUUAGCCAAAUUAGCAUUGACAUGAAAUCAGUCAAAACACCUCAAAACAAGACAUGGUAUAAAGAACAAGAAACUAGCUCAAACGAGUCACUUACGAUUCCACACAUGGCAGCUUCUUGUCAUUGUUGGUAGCUAUCUGGCCAUCCAAAAACACAACAACUCACAGACUUCUGACGGUCAGCUAACCCAUCUAUUGGACAAGUGCAGAAUGUGAAUGUGAUUCCUGAAUCCUUGGAAACCUCAGUCCUCAGUCAGAUCCUUAGCAUGGCUUGGGGUGAUGUGUUACUUGCCAUUCUUUGUUGGAGCUAGUUUAAGAACAACACUCAACAUGAUCUCAUAAUGGUUGCGUCAAUAUUUUGACCUCAUUGGAAAAGGUUUUGAUUUCGUGUAGGAGAAGACGUAUCUGGGGGAUCCAUGAAGUCCUAUAGUUUGCCACAGACCUGAAUAUCUAGAUUGUAUAAAUAUGAAUGUAAGUAUUGUAUUAAUGUUAAAUUGGACAAACUUACAUCAUAUAAAAUGAUUAUUAUUUCCUCCAUGGCACACUCCGAAGUAUAAUGAAUAUAGUUCAAGACAAAAUAAGUUAAUAUUUAACCUUAAUGUUUGACAAAGAUUAUAGCUGACCUUCAGUUGCACUGACUAACAGUAUAACUAAUCGUGCGACUUUGAAUGUUUUGUAUUCAGUUUCUGCCAAAGUGUGGACAUACAAUGUUUGUCUGGUGCUUGGUCUAAAAUGUACACUAGUUUUCCACUGUGGCCGCUCUGAAUGUGAGAACUUUUUCUGCUACUUUAACACUUAUUAUAAAUGGGUUGAAAUAAAAUGUAUGGAAGGCAGGAAACCCACUUGGCCCUCUGGAGAUAUAGAUAGAUAGUGUUAUAUAUAUAUAUGGCACGCCAGUUGAUCAUUACACAGAUGACCGUUUCUAGGCCUUGUGACACGGUUUGUUUACAUUCAAUAGGGUAACCAGACAAAUCAUGACCUUGGGACUAAGGUUCUAUCUUCGCAAAGCAUAGUUCUAAGAUAUUGUGCAUCAACGUUUUUACAUCCCAGAUCUAAGAAGCGUUUUGUAGUGAAUUCUUCUUUCAUAACCCAUUUAAGGUACCUAAAGUGCAGAGUAUCAAAAUCCUGGGACAUACGUCCAGUGGUAGAUAGAACCUUAUGGCUCUGAAAUGUCAAUCUGGGUUCAGCCAUAAGGUUCUGUCUGACACUUCUGAAUUAGACGUUCAGUUUUUUGAAUGCAUAAUUAACCACGUUUACAUGCGCAAAGUAUUCUGGAUAAGGGCACAUAUCCCGCUUAAGGUCUUAUUCAGGAUGAGCUGUUUACAUGCAUCUUUGAUAUCCCACUCAUGAGUAUCCCUGUAACCAUGAAUGAACAGAAUAUUCCUCAUUUAAAUAUGGGUUAAAUGGAAUAGUAACUGGAAAUAUGGACACUGACUGUAGGCCUAUAACCUCUCACAUGUAGCGUAAUAUAAUAUUAACUCCUGCAGAAUUAGGCUAUGUAUUUCUUGCAGUGAAAUUAUACAACAAAUGUUAAUUUUGUCUCAGGAACAGGAGUGGAGAAAUAUGAUUUCUUUCUUUCAGCGUCUCUCGAGAAAAUGCGAAUGAUCUUUGACAUCGCAGACAGUAUUUCAACCACGUAAAAUAUGCACCCAAGAUGAACUGAAGUCAGAAACGUGUUUCGUCGUUUUCUCAGCUUUUCAUUUCCUUAAAACCGGUCAAACUGAUGACAUUUGGACCGUUUGCACUGGACCAAUCUUUCCACUGUUUUGGAGUUGUUGUGUUUUCUCCACGGUUCCUAAACGAAACAGACAACUUUACCGGUGUUAACUGGAUUACUAAUGCAUUAAUUGUAUCGAUGUAAGACGUUAUUCUGGCGAGCACUACUUUAUUUAGUAUUCUGGGGCAACAAGUUAUGACAGAAGAGAAGCUGCAUGUAUCAAACUAUAGUUGACAAACACAUGGCCUACCAAAUGUCGGAAAUUAUGUGGCCUACCAAAUGUCGGAAAUUGUAAGCAGAAACUUGUCUAAAUUAGAGAUGAAAGUCGCCGGUUGUAAAUUAAUUAUAGUCAGCAAAAUUAUUAUUGAAUUAUUUUGGUGGAUCGAACUGCUCAGGUAGCCUGCUUUUUGAAGUGAUUUGUGAAACUGAGUCUGCGCAGACCGCAAAAACAACAGUAAAGGGGAUAAGAUGUUUACAUGCUACAGUAUCCCGUCUUAGAGCAGCAUAUCCCAGGCAUCUUAUCCGGGUUUCUCAUAGCCGGGAUACAAGCUUUUUCGGGUUAUUGUAAACGGGAUAUGAUGUUUUAUAUGCGUUAACUCAAAAACAUAAUACUUGAGUAUCCCAAAUAAUAACGGGAUAUUGGUGUGCGUGUAAACAUGGUCAGUGAUUAGAAUAACACUAUUUUCUCAAGAUAGUCCGAACACAUCAAAUACGUUGAGGAAUGUAUUAUGAUCAUCAGACAAAUGACUCAUCACUGAACAACGAUGUGACAACAUCAUUUACUUUACGAUUUCUGACAGUUUCGUUUUUUUUGUUUUUUUUGCUUGCCAUUAUUGCUGGAAAGACUAGCCUAGACCAUACUUAGAGGGAGAUUGCAAAGACGUGUUCUGAUUGGUUUGUCUGUAUUUGUUCAGGCUUGUGAUUGGAUUGCAGAUAGAACCUUAUAGCGCCAAGUUCAAAUGGGUUUAUGCAGAUCUAACUUUCUCGUUUUUAAUUUAUUUCACGUAAAUUAUGUGGAUAUAUUGAAGCAACAUCUCAAGACAUAAGUCAGGAAGUUAAAUCUUAAUUGCAAAUGGGUCUUCCAAGUGGACAAUGACCCCAAGCAUACUUCCAAAGUUGUGGCAAAAUGGCUUAAGGACAACAAAGUCAAGGUAUUGGAGUGGCCGUCACAAAGCCCUGACCUCAAUCCUAUAGAACAUUUGUGGGCAGAACUGAAAAAGCGUGUGCGAGCAAGGAGGCCUACAAACCUGACUCAGUUACACCAGCUCUGUCAGGAGGAAUGGGCCAAAAUUCAGCCAACUUAUUGUGGGAAGCUUGUGGAAGGCUAUUCAAAACGUUUGACCCAAGUUAAACAAUUUAAAGGCAAUGCUACCAAAUACUAAUUGAGUGUAUGUAAACUUCUGACCCACUGGGAAUGUGAUGACUGAAAUAAAAGCUGAAAUAAAUAAUUCUCUACUAUUAUUCUGACAUUUCACAUUCUUAAAAUAAAGUGGUGAUCCUAACUGACCUAAGACAGGGAAUCCCAUAUAGAUUGCAAAAUAGUUGGGAAGACAUUUGACAUACCGAUUCCAUGGCAUACUGUUUAUUUUUAUUUUUUAUUUUAUUUCACCUUUAUUUAACCAGGUAAGCCAGUUGAGAACAAGUUCUCAUUUACAACUGCGACCUGGCCAAGAUAAAGCAAAGCAGUGCGAUUUAAAAACAACAACACAGAGUUACAUAUGGGGUAAAACAAAACAUAAAGUCAAAAAAUACAACAGAAAAUAUAUAUAUACAGUGUGUGCAAAUGUAGCAAGUUAUGGAGGUAAGGCAAUAAAUAGGCUAUAGUGCAAAAUAAUUACAAUUAGUAUUAACACUGGAAUGAUAGAUGUGCAAGAGAUGAUGUGCAAAUAGAGAUACUGGGGUGCAAAUGAGCAAAAUAAAUAUCAAUAUAGGGAUGAGGUAGUUGGGUGGGCUAAUUUCAGAUGGGCUGUGUACAGGUGCAGUGAUCGGUAAGCUGCUCUGAUGCUUAAUGUGAGGGAGAUAAGUGUCUCCAGCUUCAGAGAUUUUUGCAGUUCGUUCCAGUCAUUGGCAGCAGAGAACUGGAAGGAAUGGCGGCCAAAGGAGGUGUUGGCUUUGGGGAUGACCAGUAAGAUAUACCUGCUGGAGCGCAUACUACGGGUGGGUGUUGCUAUGGUGACCAAUGAGCUAAUAUAAGGCGGGGAUUUGAUAGCAGUGAUUUAUAGAUGGCCUGAAGCCAGUGGGUUUGACGAAGAACAUGUAGUGAGGACCAGCCAACAAGAGCGUACAGGUCACAGUGGUGGGUAGUGUAUGGGGCUUUGGAGACAAAACGGAUGGCACUGUGAUAGACUACAUCCAAUUUGCUGAGUAGAGUGUUGUUGGCUAUUUUGUAAAUGACAUCGCCGAAGUCAAGGAUCGGUAGGAUAGUCCGUUUUACGAGGGCAUGUUUGGCAGCAUGAGUGAAGGAGGCUUUGAUGCGAAAUAGGAAGCCGAUUCUAGAUUUAACUUUGGAUUGGAGAUUCUUAAUGUGAGUCUGGAAGGAGAGUUUACAGUCUAACCAGACACCUAGGUAUUUGUAGUUGUCCACAUACUCUAGGUCAGACCCGUCGAGAGUAGGGAUUCUAGUCGAGUGGGCGUCAAAGAUCACUAGUGUUUAAGAGCAGUUGGAGGCUACUGAAGGAGUGUUGUAUGCCAUUGAAGCUCGUUUGGAGGUUUGUUAACAGUGUCCAAUGAAGGGCCAGAUGUAUACAAAAUAGUGUCGUCUGCGUAGAGGUGGAUCUGAGAGUCACCAGCAGCAAGAGCGACAUCAUUGAUAUACACAGAGAAAAGUGUCGGCCCAAGAAUUGAACCCUGUGGCACCCCCAUAGAGACUGCCAUAGGUCCAGACAACAGGCCCUCCGAUUUGACACAUUGAACUGUAUCUGAGAAGUAGUUGGUGAACCAGGCGAGGCAGUCAUUUGGGAAACCAAGGCUAUUUAGUCUGCCAAUAAGAAUGCGGUGGUUGACAGAGUCGAAAGCCUUGGCCAGGUCGAUGAAGAUGGCUGCACAGUACUGUCUAUUAUCGAUCGCGGUUAUAAUAUCGUUUAGGACCUUGAGCGUGGCUGAGGUGCACCCAUGACCAGCUCGGAAACCGGAUUGCAUAGCGGAGAAGGUACGGUGGGAUUCGAAAUGGUCGGUGAUCUGUUUGUUAACUUGGCUUUCAAAUACUUUCGAAAGGCAGGGCAGGAUGGAUAUAGGUCUGUAACAGUUUGGAUCUAGAGUGUCACCCCCUUUGAAGAGGGGGAUGACCGCGGCAGCUUUCCAAUCUCUGGGGAUCUCAGACGUUACGAAAGAGGUUGAACGGGCUAGUAAUAGGGGUUGCGACAAUUUCGGCGGCUAGUUUUAGAAAGAAAGUGUCCAGAUUGUCUAGCCCAGAUGAUUUGUAGGGGUCCAGAUUUUGCAGCUCUUUCAGAACAUCAGCUGUCUGAAUUUGUGUGAAGGAGAAGCGGGGGGGGCAUGGGCAAGUUGCAAGAACUGAUACGCAAAACAACGCCGGAUUCAAAACGUAUAAAUGUUCAAUUUAAAUUAUUAUAUAAAAUUCUUGCUACCAAUAGAAUGUUAUUUGUAUGGGGGAUACAAUAUUCCCAGCUCUGCAGAUUUUGCUGUGAAGAGACAGAAUCAUUAGAUCAUUUUGUUUUGGUACUGUCCAUUUGUAGCUUGUUUCUGGACACAGGUCCAGGAAUGGCUGAAGGAUUGCAAUAUUUGCAUGGAGCUAACCCUGCAGAUAGCACUACUGGGUGAUCUGAAAAGUCGUCAUAGUCAAUCGAUCAAUAAUAUAAUAAUACUUUUAGCAAAAAUGUUUAUUUUCAAUUAUAAACUGUAGAAACAAUGACAAUAGAAAGGUUCAGAACUUUUGUAAAACAUCACAGUACAGUUGAAAAAUAUAUGGCAAAUAGAAAUCCAAUCUGGAUGGUGUUAAGAGAUAGAUGGGAGGUGUUGAAUGGAGCUGAAGGAUGGGACUAAUAACAACAAGAUAACUAGUGUAAUGCAUGAUGUGUCCAUAAUAAGUAUAUAGGUUAUAUAUUGUGAGCUUUUGUGAAAGAGCACAGUUAGAAAGAUAUGGCAUAUAGAAGCAUACCAGAUGGACAUCAUGAAAAUGAUCAGAGGAAGUUCAGGAGUAAAAACAAACAAAAUAUAAUUAUUGACUGUGUCCAUAAAAUGUGUAUAGUAUGUAUAAGCAUGAAGUAGAGGCCUAAGCAUUGUUGUUCACUAGUUUACUCCAAUUAGGGAAGGGAUAGGGUUGGAAAGUAAUAAAGGGAAAUAUAUAUAUAUAUAUAUAUAUAUAUUUUUUUUAUAAGGAUAUGUGUUUUUUUUUUUUUAAAGGAUGUGUGUGUGUGUAUGUAUAUAUAUGCGAGAGAGAAAAAACUAAACCAUAUGGGGGAUUGGAAGUGAUGCAGACAAUUACAUUGAUGGAAGUUACAAUCUAUCUGCAAUAUUAAAGCUGAUCUACCCCCCCCCCCCCCCCCCCCCCAAAAAAAAAAAAGACAGGGAAUUUUUACUAGGAUUAAAUGUCAGGAAUUGUGAAAAACUGAGUUUAAAUGUGUUUGGCUAACGUGUAUGUAAACUUCCGACUUCAACUGUUCAUCGGAAGAAGCAUGAAGGUAGGAUUUUGCCCAUUUUGUGUGUGUGAGUUUAAAUGUGUGUGUUUGUAUUCUUCUGUGUUUUUCCACAGUGCGGAAGUCCAAAGCGGCUGACCUGCGGCGACGGUCCAUUGCCAAGCAGACCCGUGAUGACCACCGGCGGCAAUCAGUCAAGGCUCUGGAGCGAGGCCGUGUGGCUGCCGUCACCAAGGCCUUCGGAGGGGACAAACCGGCCCUGCCGCCCAAACCCAAACCCAGGAACCUUACUGUGACCAGCGACACCCUUAACCCGUGAGCUGACCUGUGCCUUCACAGUAAUACAGGACCUGUUCAGCAGAGUUGGGGUCAAAUCCUUUUCAAUUCAGUAAAUUCAGGAAGUGAACUGAAAUUCAAAUUUUCCUCAAUACUUCUUUGAGAAAUGUGUGCAUUUGUUGGAAUCCGAAUGUCAGUUUACUUCCAGAAUUGAAAAGGAAUUGACCCCAACCCUACUGUUCAGGAGGUCUAGGGUCCAACAUUAUCCAACAUUCCGAUAUACAGUUGAAGUCGGAAGUUUGCAUACACUUAGGUUGGAGUCAUUAAAACUUGUUUUUCAACCUCUCCACAAAUGUCUUGUUAACAAACUAUAGUUUUGGCAAGUCAGUUAGGACAUCUACUUUGUGCAUGACACAAGUAAAUUUUCCAACAAUUGUUUACUUAUAAUUCACUGUAUCACAAUUCCAGUGCGUCAGAAGUUUACAUACACCACGUUGACUGUGCCUUUAAAAAGCUUGGAAAAUUCCAGAAAAUGAUGUCAAGGCUUUAGAAGCUUCUGAUAGGCUAAUUGACAUAAUUUGAGUCAAUUGGAGGUGUACCUGUGGAUGUAUUUCAAGGCCUACCUUCAAUCUCAGUGCCUCUUUGCUUGACAUCAUGGGAAAAUCAAAAGAAAUCAGCCAAGACCUCAGAAAAAAAAUUGUAGACCUCCACAAGUCUGGUUCAUCCUUGGGAGCAAUUUCUAAACACGUGAAGGUACCACGUUCAUCUGUACAAACAAUAGUAUGCAAGUAUAAACACCAUGGGACCACGCAGCCGUCAUACCGCUCAGGAAGGAGACGUGUUCUGUCUCCUAGAGAUGAGCGUACUUUGGUGCGAAAAGUGCAAAUCAAUCCCAGAACAACAGCAAAGGACCUUGUGAAGAUGCUGGAGGAAACGGGUACAAAAGUAUCUAUAUCCACAGUAAAACGAGUCCUAAAUUGACAUAACCUUAAAGGCCGCUCAGCAAGGAAGAAGCCACUGCUCCAAAACCACCAUAAAAAAGCCAGACUACAGUUUGCAACUGCACAUGGGGACAAAGAUUGUACUUUUUGGAGAAAUGUCCUCUGGUCUGAUGAAACAAAAAUUGAAUUGUUUGGCCAUAAUGACCAUCGUAAUGUUUGGAGGAAAAAGGGGGUACUUGCAAGCCGAAGAACACCUUCCCAACCGUGAAGAACGGGGGUGGCAGCAUCAUGCUGUGGGGGUGCUUUGCUGCAGGAGGGACUUGUGCACUUCACAAAAUAGAUGGCAUCAUGAGGAAGGAAAAUUAUGUGGAUAUAUUGAAGCAACAUCUCAAGACAUCAGUCAGGAAGUUGAAGCUUGGUCGCAAAUGGGUCUUCCAAAUGGACAAUGACCCCAAGCAUACUUCCAAAGUUGUGGCAAAAUGGCUUAAGGACAACAAAGUCAAGGUAUUGGAGUGGCCAUCACAAAGCCCUGACCUCAAUCCUAUAGACAAUUGUGGGCAGAACUGAAAAAGUGUGUGCGAGCAAGAAGGCCUACAAACCUGACUCAGUUACACCAGCUCUGUCAGGAGGAAUGGGCCAAAAUUCACCCAACUUUUUGUGGAAGGCUACCCAAAAUGUUUGACCCAAGUUAAACAAUUUAAAGGCAAUGCUACCAAAUACUAAUUGAGUGUAUGUAAACUUCUGACCCACUGGGAAUGUGAUGAAAGAAAUAAAACCUGAAAUAAAUCACUCUUUACUAUUAUUCUGACAUUUCACAUUCUUAAAAUAAAGUGGUGAUCCUAACUGACCUAAGAAGGGGAAUUUUUACUAGGAUUAAAUGUCAGGAAUUGUGAAAAACUGAGUUUAAAUGUAUUUGGCUAAGGUGUAUGUAAACUUCCGACUUCAACUGUAAAUACUAUUGUUGGUUAUGUAGAGGAGGGAAUAAUUCUGCAAUUGUGUCAGCUCUAUUAAUUCAAUUUAUAUAUGCAGCAUUAAGAAUGUUUGACAUCACUGAAUACACCCUGGACUAGGCUCAACCCCACUGAAACCCAAUGGUCCCUUCCCCUAGUUACUACCACUUAGGACUUUGCAGGUCAGAAGGUCAAUAAUAUAAUUAUUCAAUAAUAUAACUAUUCUAUACUUUGCUCCUGUAUUUUAAUCCUGAGCUUAGAUCAUUAUUAGACCCACUGGAUUCAGAGAAUCAUCCUAGAUUCCUACUCUUUCCUUCCAUGAAAUAGGAAUCUAGGGAGAUUCUCUGAAUCCAGUGGGUCUAAUAAUGAUCUAAGCUCAGGAUUAAAAUACAGGAGCAAAGUAUAGAAUAGUUAUAUUAUUGAGUAGUUAGUUAAAUCCACUCUAUAUUCUCACUGGUAUUAGUGAACCAAAGCUUUCCACCAGCCUUAUAUGGUGAUGGAUGUGUGCCGGAGUCGUCCUGUAAGGACACAUCUCUGUGCUCGUGCUUGUGAUGGUUUGUCUUAUUCACUGAACGCUGAUGUCUAGGGAUACCCCUUUCGGAUAAAGCCAUGCAGAAAAACAGUGAGCCUUCGAGCUUAAACGCAUGAAUGCCUUUCACUGGCUGGCUGACAGCCUGACCCACUCGUUUUCUCUAUCACUGUCUGACAGGAAGCAAGGGGUGCGACGCACACUGUCCACCUCUGGCAGAGAGCACAUCAUUCGAUGGUUCCAAGAGGAACAGCUGCCUUUCCGAGCGGGUUUCGAGAAGGACCAGAGUCGUGUCGCGUCUUGGUUCCAUGGUAAGGGGCCAAGUUGCGUCUGAAACGUUUCUAACUAAACAACAAAGAUUACAUCUAUAAUGGACAACAUAAGGUUAUUUUGAAUAUAGGGACAAAUGCAAAUAAAUCUGGAUUUGUUUACAUUAGACCAAAAGACAGUAAGUCAGUUACUGUAUGUGGGUCUCCAUGCCACUCAGUACAGUUGGCUAGUAGUAGGUCUGAUGCCUCCUACUGUUUGAAAUAUCUUAAUUAUACCACAGAAUACACAAGCUUGAUCAAUUUAGUAGUACAGUGGUAGGCAACCCUGUUCCUGGAGUACUGCAGGAUUUUGUUCCAACUAGUCACCACACCUGACCAACUGAGCUAAUUGUUUAGGUGAUUGCCUAAAUUCAACACACCUGGUCUUCCAGGUCGUUAAAUCAAAAACAUGAAGUACAUGCUGGGCACGCCAGGACCAGGGUUGCCUAGCUACCCCUGACGUAGUAGGGGCACCUACGCAAAUUCUGCUUCUAUAUCUCUGCUGCUAUACAGGGGGUUUAUCAUUGACUCUCUUGCCUUGUGACUUCUCCUAUAUUAAAACGUAUCUGAAAGGACUGGCAGUAGUAUGAUCAGAGCAGAGGUGUAUUCACUAGGAAGCAAAUGGAACGAAACAGCGAGGGACCGACCUGAAUGUGUCCAAUAGAAACUCUCGUUUACGUUGCGAAAUGUUUUUCGUUGCGGUGUGCGACUAAUGAAUACACCCCAGCCAGGUUUCUCAUGUUGAACGGAAGCAACGGCCCUGUCCAGAAACAACCCCUUGUCCCUACUCCCGAGAUGCACUUGUGUAGCUCUGACUGGGUAGGUGUAAGCAAUAUGGAGAAAAUAGAAACUGGCCUAUCAAAAGGCCAGGUGGAGCUAUUAUAUAUUACUUAAACCUAUCAAAUCCUGUCAGAUCUCCCCAAGUAUCUCAGAGCUACAGGUCGUUUCUGGAGAGUAAAACAGAAUAUACAGCAUGUGGUCUUCAGCUAUCCAUCCUUAAUAUGUCACGUCAGGGUGUUAUUCUCACGUUGCAAUAAUUAUAACUGACCCACCGUUACUUUUCCCACCAAGGCAUCAUUUCGAGGCAGGAAGCCGAGGACUUACUGAGCGAGGGAGUACCCGGGCACUUUCUGGUGCGGGUCAGCGAGAGGAUUCUUGGAUACGUCCUGUCUUAUCGAUGCAAAGAGGAGUUUAAACACUUCCUCAUUGACGCUACAGAGGGCUGCUACAUGCUGCUGGGCCACCAGAUCAGAUUCACCUCGCUGGCAGAGCUUGUGGAGUACCAUGAGGUAGUGGCACAUUUAUAGCCCUUAUUUUGUAGUUUUUUAUUUUGUAGUAUUUGGGGGUUGUUUAGGGUAGUUUUGAUGGUUUUAAUGGAACUUGUCGUGAUAUGUGGUUGUUUUGCCUACUUUAGUUGAUUAUAUGUCGCUCUGGAUAGGCGUGUCUGCUAAAUGACUACAUUUUUUUAUAAUAAAGGAUUUACUGUGGGUGGGAUGUUGAAUAUCACCUCUUCUCUACCUCAAUAUAGAGACAAUAAUGCACCUUGUUUUGUAUUCACAUGAACUCUGUUGAAGUGGAGUAGAAUAAUAUGACGUGUUGCGUUUUCUUCUGUCACUAGGGGGAGCCAAUCACCAUGUCAGGAGGGGAGCAGCUGCUCCAGCCAUGUGGCCAGAAGCCUAGUGAUGUGGACUAUGCAGACCUCUUUACCUGAAAUCCAGCAAGGGUCAUGUCCCAAUAGUCUAAAACGGCCUCCUCUCCUAGUCUCCUUCCUUCAUGACCACUGGUCAGAAAGGUCUCAAAAGGUGAAUGAUUGAGACCCGGUCGUUUCACCUGUCAGCAGCUUUUAAACAGUCUAUGGUUAGUUCAAGGCGGUAAAGAGACAAGGAAGGAAGCCACUUUAGAGUAUUAAGACACAACCCUAAGGCAGAGACACGAGACGGAUCUCUGUGGAACAAAGUGUUGCUACGGGAGACUCACUAUGGCUACAUAACCGACAGAGCUUGUUUUCUCAGGAGGGUUUACAGGAUGUUCAGAUGGAAGUGUAAUGUUUAGAACCGAUAUGUUCUAAAUCAUGUAGAAUAUAACAAUAACAGAAUAACUAUUUUUCAAGGAGGAACUUCGGUUAACUUCAUUAAUAUGGAAUCGUGUCAUCUCUAGUCAUUCUAUUUCUAUCUGCAAUGUUCAGAAAGCUUCACAUCAGUGUUGACAUUGACACUAUUCCCCCCCCAGUGCCAACUGUCAAGCCACCGACUUUCUAUUAUAUAUAGACCUCCUCUAACCCCCAUAUACAAUAUGAACAGGGCUGUAAUAUCAUUACAGGUAAUGUAACCUGCGGCAAAAUUGUAAAGGCACAUUUGACAGCGACAACAUACAACAGUUGCCUGUUUGGGGACGAAUGACUUGAAUAAAUUCUGCACUUUGUAUUGCAACUGUCUAGUUGGUUUCAAUGCUGACCUGAGGGGUAUACUAGUUCUACAAAAAGCAUGAUCAAUGAGUUGGCUAGCUAACUUGCCUAAAUAUUCUGAAUUGUUUUUAU